CCACUCCAGACUGCACUCUUCUUCCUUCCGCUUCCGCCUUCGCCACCUCCCCCACCUCUCCCUCCGUCUGGUCCUGCCCGCGCCUCCCCUCCCCCCAGUCCGUCGAUAAAGCCGAGGCAUCGGGACGGCGGCAGGUAGAAGGAGCACCCAUUGCUUCCGCAUCUCGCGCAGGCUCUCCCCACCGCACUCCCACGCCUGAUACCAUACCAUUCCGCCGCCGCAUCGACUUCUCCUCCUCUGAACCCGCGGCGGGGGCGGACGGAGAUCCAUUCCAGCCGGACCUGGAUCGGCCUACUCCGACACCGGCGUAUCUCCGGUUAAUUAAAAAGGUCCGCUGGUUAACUUCUUCAGCUUUUUGGGAAGAUAAACAAGACUGCCCUUCAGCUGAGUGCUCGGAAGAAGUGGGAGGGAUUUCACGGUUCAUAUCCGUAUCUGCCUCGAGGAACCCGCUGCGAGAAAAAGGGAGUGGACAGGGGCCCCCCGGCUGGGUCACGAGCUAUGGACAGAACCGCCAAUGCGGUGUUGGAUAUCGAGGGUCUGCCUCAACCACCUGAUAAAUGCUGCUCCGGAAGUCCAAAAAUGAUCAGGGCCUUGUCACGCAAGGGUUCGAAUCGGAUGGAAAUGAAGGGUGGUGAUGAGCUGGAGCAGCAAGAGGAUCUGACCAGAAAACUUAUCAUCAAAGUUGUGCCAUCUCAGCUGGAGCAGCAGCGGGCCAUGGGUCACUGCACUCCCUGCGCGCCUGUCCUCCUCAUUGACUCCGCGGAAGGAAGGAGCAGCAGGAGGUUUGGCCGGCUCAUCACGCCCGUCAAUAACCCUCGGAGGAUUCUGCUCUUUUUCGCGACGCUGUCGAGCGUGGGGACGACGAUACUGAUCUACUUCACGCUGGCGAUCAACAGCAGAGCAGAGGCCUAGUCGUCUGGAAGCCACCAAGCCAUUUCCGUCGCGGGCGUCGGCUGAGCAGUACAUGCAUGUAGUAGUCAUUUGUGUGUGUGUGUGUGUGUGGGGGGGGGGGGGGGGGGGGGGGGGGGGGCGACCAGGGGAGAUCAGAUGCAGCGUGUCUGUCUGUAUUCGUGAGACGAUGGAUGAGGGGGAGUUGUAGUGUUGUACCCCCUUCUUCCUCGCGUGUAUGUAUAUCGGUUGCUCUCAUGCUCUGUGUCCUUUUUCUUCUUCUUCUUGUAGAUGAACGUUGACCUUGUUGAUUUUCCUCGCGAUAGCAGUACAAGAGUCGCAUGUGCAUGCUCUUCUGAUGUCUCUGGGUUGGCAGAUACGUCACGUGCGUACAAACAG